CGCCCAGCCCCCGCGCGCUCGCGUAGGCGGAGCGGGGCCGCCCGGCCGCAACCGUCUCCCGGUCUCCUCCCCGGCAGCCGAGCGGGCGGUGUGCGUGCGCCAGCCCGGCCUCCGCCCUCCGCCAUGAGGACGUGCUGCCUCUCCACGGUGGGGGUCCUGUCCGUGACCCUGCUCAUCGCCAGCGUCUCCUUGCUGGUGGCCCACGUCCUGCAGCGGGUGGUGGACCUGCGGGUGAAAGAGGGAACAGUAUUAAAGAAUGGCACAGAAGCCUUUGACCUCUGGGAAGACCCUCCUCCACCAGUCUACAUGCAGUUCUACUUUUUUAACGUGACCAAUCCUCUAGAAGUGGUCAAUGGAGAUACCCCUUCUGUGGAAGAAAUAGGGCCAUACACUUACAGAGAGUACAGGCCAAGAGUGAAUGUUCAUAUUUUGGACAAUGGCACCAGAGUCUCUUCUGUGAACCCAAAGACCUAUGUAUUUGAACGAGAGAAGUCUGUUGGAGACCCUGAAGUUGAUCUGAUCAGGACAGUAAAUAUUCCUGCAGUGACUGCAAUGGAAUGGACCAAAUCAACUUCUCUACGGCUACCCACAGAGAUUCUCCUAAUAUUAUACCAAGAAAACUUGUUUAUGACACACACUGUCCACGAAUUACUAUGGGGCUACAAAGACAAACUUUUGUCAACCCUUCAUAUGCUUCAUCCUAAGAUUGAUUCAGAGUUUGGCUUAUUUAAUAAGAUGAAUGGAACGGAUGACGGUGAAUAUGUUGUUCUCAGUGGGAAAAUGAACUACCGUAACUUCUCGAAGAUCGUGGAGUGGAGAGGAAAAGAGUCACUUAACUGGUGGACUACAGAGUCAUGUAAUAUGAUCAAUGGGACAGAUGGAAGUGCUUUCCACCCAUUGAUAAGCACAGAUGAAACAAUUUAUGUCUUUUCUUCUGAUUUCUGCAGAUCUCUGUAUAUAACUUUUGAUAGCUUUGUGAGUGUGUCUGGAAUCCCUGCCUAUCGGUUUGUGCCCCCUGAAAAGGUCUUUGCCAAUACGUCAGUGAACCCGGACAAUGCGGGAUUCUGUGUGCCAGCAGGAAACUGCCACGGCUCAGGGGUCCUGAAUGUCAGCAUCUGCAAGCAAGGGGUCCCCAUCCUUUUAUCAGCCCCACAUUUUUACCAAGCAGCUGAGCAGUAUAUUAAGGACAUACAGGGCAUGCAUCCCAGGAAGGAGGAUCAUGAAACAUUUCUGGACAUCAAUCCUCUGACUGGGAUAGUUGUACAAGCAGCCAAGAGAAUGCAGAUCAAUGUUCUUGUCAGAAAACUAGAGGGAUUUAUUGAAACAGGCAGUGUCAGAACAUUGGUUUUCCCCGUGGUGCAUGUAAAUGAGAGUGUUCUGAUUGACGAAGCAUCUGCCAAAAAACUGAGGAGUGUUCUGUUUGAAGCCACAGUUGUAACCAGCAUCCCCUUCAUAAUCAUGGCAUUAGGAAUUAUUUUGGGGAUUUGUUUCAUUGUGCUUGUAUGCAGGCCCCCUGGAACAAAGGAAGAGGUUAGAGAAGUGUUAAUAGACCCAGAGUAAGUGCACCCAAGCAAAGCUAUGCAGCCAGUUUGAUACGUGGUAAGAGUACUGAAGAGGAAAGGGCUCCGCUCAUCAGGACAUCCUAAUAUUCUUUUUUCCCCCUUCCCAUGUGAGCUUGGUGAAUAAACUAUGCAAGUUGAUCUAAUACCGAAUACUACCCGGCACACAGCGCUGCCUGAAAACCCACCAUGCUAAUUAUGAUUAUUUGUAGUACAGGGAUAAAAAAAGCUAAAAUGCUAAUGAAUGAGGAAACUGUUCUUCUCAGCUGCUAAGUAAGUUUUAAAGCCAGAUAUUAAAAUGACUUGAGAUCCUGCUUUAUUAACUAGUGUUUAAUAUUCCCAGUGCUGUUGAAAGCCAUAAAAGCUCAGAACCACUAUAUCAGUGAGAGUAUAAUACCCUGAUUCAUGUAUUAGAAUUACGUGGGGUAAACUUUGUAAAAGGACCAUAAUAAUGUGGGCUCCUAAGUCCCUUUUGAAAAUGGAACUUAGGCAUGUUUGAAAAUAUUGCUCUGGGUCUAAUUUUGUCUUUUGUGUAGAGCACACUUGGCUUCUUAUUAACAUGAACAUGUUAAUAAGAAUAACAUGGAUUGUUUUAGUAGUUACCCAUCAUGCCUUUUAUCUCCAAAAUUGUUUUGUGAAUCUAAGCCAAAUUGUAAGUGAGGCCUAUUUAGUCAUAUCUAGUUUUCAGUUAAGGAGCCAAGUGCUUCAUAGCACAUUUUCGUACAGCACCUUGAUCUGCCCAGUAUUGUUUGAAAUCCCAUUGUGUGGUAUUAAUAAAAUGCCUGGCAAGUUUUUAACUUUUAAUUAUUUUUUACACUGGAAAACACAGGGUUGGUUAGCUGAGGGUACAAUAGAGCGUUCUCCUUUUUCCUGUGUCAGUGUCUCACAAAAUAUCUAGUUUGUGGAGCACUGUAAAGGCAGACGUUGCAAGUGCAUUUGUAAUUGCAUUCAACGUUUAGGAAAUCUACAGACCUUCUGUGUUGAGGCAUGUUUGGAACAUUAAGGAAAGCAGCAUAAACGGGUUUUUUUUUAAAUACUGGUAGUUUAAAAUAUAAGGGUACCUUUUUUCCCUCAGUGAGGAAGAGCAUUCUCACAAACAUAUUUCCAUCGAAUAGUCAGUGAAAAAUUGAGACCUACUUUUUUGACUGGCUGAACACUCAUGCAUAGGGUGUUAGCCUAUCAAUUGUUCAGCAAUCCAGAACAUUUUGGGGUGUCCCAGUCAGAAAAGUUCAUUAUUAUCACUAUUAUUAUUUAUUAUCUGUAUUACUGUAGCACCUAGGAGCCCUAGUCCUGGACCAGAGCCCCAUUGUGCUAUGGUCUAUAGAUUGGUACCAAUUACAGAAGGCUAGAGAUACUGGCAUUGCACCAGGCUGACUUCUUUAGCCGACAGGCUCCUCUUAUGCAAGCCAGAACCAACCAAAUAAGCAUCCAAAUUCAGGCAUCUGCCGCACUGCAGAUAAGGGCUCUUGUACGUAAUGGAGCUCCCAACCCGUUGUGAUCUGCAAGAGUGUUCCCAGUGAGUGAGAGACUCAGACCAGCCAACUACAGCCAUUCAUCUCAAGGGAUUUGCUCUGCAGUAAUGUCUCCAUUUAACCUCAUGAGAGGAAACUGUCCAGCCUCUGAUUUGCCAGGAUGAAAGUAAUGCCAUGUGAAAACCCUUGUGGGUAAGGGGGUUUGGAACUCCGCCUUACCUUUACCCCAAAUGUUGUUCUUUGGGAGGGGAUAAUCUUCCUUUGCCACAUAUGUAGAUUCCAGUUGUAGAUACCUCCUCCCCAUCACCCCACUCUUUGAGUCCCAGGACCCCUUUAUUUCUUUCCUUGGCUGACCUCUGGAAUAAACCUGCCAGCUAAGGCAAAUCCCAAUAGCUUUGGCCCAGGGUCCCUCUUAAAUUCUUUCUUGUAUUUGGAAGGGGGCAGCUACAGAAUGCCCAGUGCUGUUGGUGAAAGGCUACAUCCCUCUCAGAUUAAGUGCCAGCCUUCCUUAGCUGGGGAAACUGAGUCAGUAGCUGCAAAGCCUGUGUUCUGUUUGUGGACCAUUUGCUUCUUGCAGUACAUUAUGCUAAAUCAGGAACUCCACAUCACCUUUCUGUCUCAGUCUUUAUGUUGUACAGUUCAGAUCAUUGUAUGAUCCACAUUGAAAUAUAGCACCUUGUGUAAAAGUUAUCUGUGCACAACAGUAGUAACCUACAAAUCAUCUACAAAGCCUCAGGUAUUUUCUGAGGAAGUCAUUUUGACAAGGCCUCACAGGGUGAAAUUCAUGCUAGCGCAGAGGACCAGCAGAGGGACUACACACUGCUUAACCCUGCUGCAAAAUACCAAUCCUCAUGCCACUGUCCAGAUCAAGUAUUCGUGGACUCAGCUGAGAAGUCAGGAACAGGUUUUGUCCCAAGGUCUCAACUGAUAUGCAGGAUCCUCUGCACUGGGGAGAAUUUAAUCCCAACAUAUCAAUUUUAAAAUGUUUACAUUCUGCUUAUUGGGUCAGAUCCUC